UGUUGGAUAUGUUUGAUUAUAUUAUAGCAGUAUUAUUGUAUAAAAGGGAGAAAAUAAAGCAUUUCAUCGAAUGUUAUGUGCGAUUGGUUUAUGUAUUCAAACAAAAUUUUUGUCGCAAAUAUUGCAUUCAAUGAUUGAUUUAAUUAAAUAAAUGCAUCGAUUGAUUGAAUCGAUUGAUCCAAUUGUUGGACACAUUAUACGACAAAAUAAUUGUACGAUUGAUGUGUUAAUUGAAUAGCAAUUGAAAUGACAUUCGAUUUAAUAAAUUUCAAGUCAUUUGAUAUGAUUGACGACUCAUGUGUUUUGAUACACAAUAUGUGUUUCGCAACAAAAACCAAUGAAAAGACAUUUUUUAAUUAAUUAAAACUAAUUAUUAUUAUUAUUAUUAUUAUUAACUAAAUUUGUGUCAACAAAACAAUGGACAGACAGGACUUACUGUCCUCUGUGUUGGAUGAGUGCGGACUAGACUUCAAUGAUAUGACAGCACAGGUGAUCCCCGAAGAGGUGGUAACACCAAAAGUGUUGGUCCCUAACGUAGUUAAGACACCAACCAUCGGAUUGAUGCCUAACCACAACCACAACAAUAACAAUAUUUAUAACAACAACAAGAUAUCAGUGACGACAUACUCGUUGUUGAGACCAACGACACCCAAAACCCAAACGUUUAACGUGAACUAUGUUGUCGAUGGUAGCACUGUUAGCACUUCUAAAGCGGGACAAGUUGUUUAUCGGCCAACUGUUCCCACGAUCGCCACAACAACGGUUUCAUCACUGAUACAGCCGUCGGUAUCGCUGUUAUACCCAAACAAAAUGACUAUCACUGCAAACAAUUCAUUACUUAAUAAGACGCAAAUGACUCAAAUGACGAAUAAUUUAAUGAAAGAAGAAGACAAACUCGAAAUGGAUGAAGAAGACGAUGAGUUCGCUACUGUGGAAACAUUUAACAAUUAUAUGCCAUCAAAAUUGAAGUGUGGUAUCAAACAUCCUGAUCCCGUUGUAGAGACCGCUUCAUUGUCUAGUGUUUUGCCUCCCGAUGUUUACUACAGACUAGAGAUUCCUGAAGAGGUGAUCGACUCGGGAAAGCUAUCUGCCUUACAGUUGGAGUCGAUAGUCUACGCCUCUCAACAACACGACGUCUUUCUUAGUGAUGGCUCAAGAGCUGGUUUUUUGGUCGGCGACGGAGCCGGUGUUGGAAAAGGACGUACUAUUGCUGGCAUUAUUCAUGAAAAUUAUCUAAAAGGACGCAAACGUGCAGUUUGGUUGUCUGUUAGCACUGAUCUUAAAUAUGACGCCGAAAGAGAUCUUUACGAUAUUGGAGCCAAAAUAGAUGUUCACUUAUUGAAUAAAUUUAAGUACGGCUACCGAAUUCAUUCGGAAGAAAACGAUAAAGUGAAACGUGGAGUGAUAUUUGCCACUUAUAGUUCACUUAUUAGUGAGUCGACAACACUUACUGGUAAAUACAAGAGUCGUUUUGGUCAACUGGUUCAGUGGUGUGGCGAAGAUUUUGAUGGUGUUAUUGUGUUCGACGAGUGCCAUAAGGCUAAGAACUUAUUUCCGUCAUCAGGUUCGGGAAAGCCAACAAAAACAGGUCUCGCAGUUUUGGAAAUUCAAAAAAAGUUGCCAAAAGCACGCAUUGUUUAUGCUUCAGCUACCGGUGCUUCUGAACCAAAAAAUAUGGGAUAUAUGAUACGUUUGGGUAUUUGGGGUAAAGGAACACCUUUUGAAGAAUUCGCACAAUUCGUGAAUGCUGUUGAAAAACGUGGUGUCGGUGCCAUGGAAUUAGUCGCUAUUGAUAUUAAAAUGCGUGGCAUGUAUUUGGCCCGACAGCUCAGCUUCGAAGGCGUACAGUUUCGCAUUGAAGAGGUUCCUCUCGAUAAAGAUUUUAUUAAAUUAUAUAACAAAUGUACUGAUUUAUGGGUCAGUGCUAAGCUUAAGUUUGACAAAGCAUUAGAGCUUAUGGAUUGCGAUAAUAACCUUAAUAAGACAAUUUGGACACAGUUUUGGGCAUCACAUCAACGAUUUUUUAAAUAUCUUUGCAUUGCAUCGAAAGUCAAAUUUGCCGUCAAUUUUGUUAAGGAAGCGCUUAGAGAUAGUAAAUCAGUUGUUAUUGGUCUCCAAUCUACAGGUGAGGCUCGCACUUUGGAACAACUUGAAGACAAUGGUGGAGAACUCAGUGAUUUUGUGUCCACUGCUAAAGCUGUUUUUCAAUCACUGAUUGAGAAACAUUUUCCGGCACCAAAUCGCAAGAAAUUGUUGAGACUAUUAGGUCGUGACACUAGUUUUUUUGAUGACUUGGGUAUCACUCUGAAGCGUAACGCCAACGACGAGAUAGUGGCUGCUGUCAGCAAUGACUCGAAAUAUACGACAAAUAACAAAAAUAAAAGUUUUUCAUCUGACGAGUCCAGUGAAAGUGAUUUUGAAAGUGUUGGAAGUGAUGACAGUAAUGAAAGUGAUGAUGAUUUAAGUAUUUCUGAUGAUUUUAGCGAUGACUCUGAUAGUGAUAGUGAACGUAGAAAACGAAAAUCAAAUUUUUCGGAUAUUUUUCUCAAUCGAAAGCCUAAAAAACUUAAAAAGGAUCCAAAAAUGAAAAAAGUGAAGAAAGAGCGAAAACAGAAGAAAAAGAUGAUAAAAAUUGAAGACCAAAUCAAAGCAUUAAAUUGUGAGACUAUGUCAGCCGAUGCCGGAGACAAUUGCGCCAAAAUGAAAGAUAGUCUUCUUCAAGAGCUUGAAAGACUUAAUGACAAAUUACCUCCAAAUACAUUGGAUCAGCUAAUCGAUGAGUUAGGCGGACCCGAUAAUGUGGCCGAAAUGACCGGUCGUAAGGGUCGUAUUGUUUGUAACGAAGAGGGAAACGUUCAGUACCAGACCAGAUGUGAGAACGAUGUCCCACAAGAUAUGUUAAACCUCGUUGAGAAGCAACGCUUUAUGGACGAUGAGAAACGGGUGGCUAUUAUCUCGGAAGCCGCCAGUUCUGGUAUAUCACUUCAUGCGGAUAAAAGAGCUAAAAAUAAACUAAAAAGAGUUCACAUAACUGUCGAACUUCCGUGGAGUGCCGAUCGAGCCAUUCAACAAUUCGGUCGAACUCAUCGAUCUAAUCAAGAAUAUCCACCAGAAUAUGUGUUCCUUAUAUCAGAGUUGGCCGGAGAAAAAAGGUUUGCCUCUAUUGUGGCCAAACGUCUUGAAAGUUUAGGCGCUUUGACUCACGGCGACCGACGCGCCACUGAUUCGCGAGAUCUAAGUCAAUAUAAUAUUGAUAAUCGUUACGGACGUAUAGCUCUUGAGAUAGUUAUGAAAUCAAUUGCUCAAAUUGAGGACCCGAUUGUGAGUCCACCUAAUGAUUAUAAGGGAGAUUUCUUUGAAGAUUGUCGUCAAGGAUUGGCUGGCGUUGGAAUCAUACAAUUGUCCUCUUCGGGAGCCAUUACUCUCGACAAAGAUUACUCACAUAUGACUAAAUUUUUAAACCGACUGUUGGGCCUUAGGGUUGAAAUACAAAACGCUUUAUUUAAAUAUUUUAGUGAUACCAUGGAUGCUGUGAUACGACAGGCCAAACGCACCGGUCGUUAUGAUUCGGGAAUUAUUAAUCUAAGCUCUGAUGUGGGAAAUAUUGAGCAAAUGGACGAAAUAAGCUAUUUUAUUAAGACAUCGGGUGUUGCCAUGAAAAUACAAUUACAUCAAGUGGUUAUGGAUAGGGGUCUAGAAUGGGAUAAAACAUUAGAAUUAUAUAACAAAUCUUUCGACAGUUGUUCAAAGGAUGACAUCAAAGAUAUGGGAUUUUAUAUGACAUCAAAUAAUCAAAACACAAGGAAAAGCGUGUUUCUGGCACUUCCAGACUUCAGUGAUCGCAAUCAGUUUAGAAAGAUUUACAGAGUUUAUAAACCAAACAUUGGUUUGCAAUCAAAGUGCGAAACUAUAUCGGGUUUGAAGGAAAAGGGAGUCAAAAAACCAGCAGAAGAAGUGAAAGCUCUCUGGAAAGAGUUAUAUGAUUUGUCUGACACCCGGUGUAGUCAUAUUCUAUGGAACGGCAGCUGUAAACGCCUGAUAACUAAGCAAAUGUGUAAUGUGGGGGUCCGUAAACAUAAAUAUUGUAUAUUAAGUGGUGCCGUACUCACCAUUUGGCCUGAACUCGAAAAAGCCAUUCCUUAUCUUCAAUCGCAUAGACUUCAGAUCGUUAGACUAAAGACAGGAGAAAAUAGUAAAUUUAUUGGACCAAUGGUUCCUCCGGCUUAUGUCGAAGUAGUCAAACAAACAUUACAACAAUUGCAAACUAAUGGCAUUCAUGUUUCGUCAGCACUUAAGCCAUAAAAUUAUAUUUUAAAUUUUAUAACUUAUUAUUACAAUAUGAUAAAUAUUGAUAAUAUAGUU